CACACUUGCUGGUACUUAAACUUAGUAAGAGGCUUUAUUUGUGCUUAGGCAAGUGUUAAAUUGGUACAAAGAUCCAACCACAAGAAUCCUUAAACACCUCCUGCCUGACACCAGUGACUCUGUCCAUCAGUGUACAGGAAAAAGAAGAAACCUUGAAACCUCCAAUAAAGAAUCAACAAGUGAGUCAAAAUGAUGCUGAAUUUGAAAAAGCAGCUGUGGUCUCUGGCCCGCAUCGUGCUCCCUGGUUUGGGAUUUGCGUUGACCUGCAUCGGAGCCUACCUGGUGUCCCUAGAGAUAGAGCACAGAUUCACUUUGAGGGUGAUCUGCGCCUACAUUAUGAUCGUGUUCGGCAUUCUGGCGGUUCUCAUCGGCGUCUUCUGGACCAUCUGUCACAGCAUGAAGAGCAAAAUGUACCAGAGAGGAGGGCAUGAGCAGCACAUCCAGGUGUACACUAUAGAACGACCAAGGUGUUACCCCCCAUCGUACGAGGAGUCCCAGGGCAGCCAGGAGCCAGAUUCUGAUACAACACCUGAGUUUGUUGUAGUGGUCGAUGGUGUAAAUGUGGUGAUGAGCCUCGCUCCUCCUCUGUACAGCCAGGACAGCUCGGAUGCUCCAGACUGCACGUGGAGCUGGGAGCAGCCUCCUCGGUACAGUGUGGUGGAGCGUAUUCAGCAGGGAGAGGUGGAUGCAUAAGGAGCGGAGGGAUGCCCUCUCCGGACACUGAAAGACUGAAAGACUUCUUUUGCCUCUCUGGCUCAGAGACUGAGCUCAACGAGAACAUUCCAGAAGAAUAGGAGGUGCCUCUGAGGGUGGCUGCAUAUCUCGGCUACCAGAUGAUGGACCACAGAGAUGUGCUGACAUGUGUGCCAUCGAUCUACACCCAGUGCUCAACCUGUGAACGCUCAUGUCUGUGCUGACCCUUUGUGACAAGGCCUGUCUCAGCGUAGAGAUCUUUAAAGAGGUUUAAACUGUGGUUUUGUGUUGAUGUUGCUCAGAUAGUUUUUGGAUGAGCUGCACGUUUGAGUUGCUGCUUAGUGGUGUGACAAAUAACCGAGGGCAGUAUUAAUCCAGUCGGAUUCCUGAACGUCUGUAUUGACAAACAGCACUUACGAAUACCUGCACUGCAGCUCCAAUUUGUAUGCUACAAAAAUAUUGCACAUGUAAUAACAACUGUUUGUAUAGGAGUGAAUGAUGCUGCCCUUGUUCCAGGGUGAUUUGUG